AUGGCGGGGCAGGAGGCACAGUCUGCUUCGUCCACUGCACCGGGCGCUCCUCCAGAGUCUUCUCGCGACCAGGUGCCUUCUAGCGCUCCACCAGGCCCAGGGUUCCCCCAGAUUCUCCCAGUCCCGCAGGUAGCCGCGCCCGCUUCUGCCGCUCGUUGUCACGCGUCUCCGCAGGGCCAGCCGUCACGGGGAGAAAGUGUUUCUCGCGGAGGCAGUUCUGCCACGGCGCCAGGCAACUCUGAGGCGAGUGCGUUUCCAACGACCGGGAACCGAACUCGAGGUUCGGUAACUGCGUCCGGAAUCAAGGUCCUUUCGUUGCCGGAACCCGGCCGAGCACAGAAACAAACUGUCUCUCGCCCCGACCUGUUGUCUCGCCGUCCUCACCAAUAUGUCGAUAUCCGUGAACUGCGAAAGACAGUGCCUCAUGAGCCUGGUCCUCUCAUUUUGCCCCCGCCUGCCCAGGUGGGUGGAGGGCCAGUCCCGGGCGCUGUCCCUACGUGGCCUGGCGUGCAUCUUGAUGCCGCGCUUCUGGGGCAGAAAAGUAAAUCUGAGGGCCUUACGACUGGGUUUGUCUUCCCCUCGGAGUUGACUCCCUCCACAUCUUCACUUGUCGCUACUCCCGUGGCCUUUGUUCCCCCCAGUUUUUCCCUGGCCACCGGCGUCUCCGGAUUGGCGGCGACAGCCAGCUCGUUGAGGUGGACUGCUUCCGUCGGUGUCUCCUCUGGAGGCCGCGUGCAUCAGGCGCUCCCUGCGUUUGCUGCUCCCCCUGGCUCGGCGGGCUAUCCGCUGUCGCAUGCGCGAAUGCCAGGGGGAGGCCUCGUCUAUUUCCUGACCUCGGGCGUCAAUGAGAGCGCUCUCGAUGGCACCCUCAUUGACGCUGGCACGCGUUUACCUCUCGGCUCAGCGUCUCCUUCCCACGCCACUGGAGGCACAAGGGGCGAGGCCUUUCCACCGAACGCUGGAAUCCGAGCUCACCGGACCCUGUUGGGGACCGGCCGGCAGCAGGAGGAAAACGGCGCAGAAGGAGCUCUGUCUGAAGAGAACAUGGCAGACGGCGGAACCAACGAGGGGGAAGAAUGUAGAGGCGCCGAUGGUGCGACAGAGAGCGGCCAAGCACCUGUUCCGGUCGUUCCUCGUCUCAUUGCGCAUGUUGCCCUCAUGCAGCAGCUGAUGCCGAGUCUCCUGGACGACAGACCUGCUCACCAACUUCAAAGUGUAGAGGCUUUGAAUGCUCUCCUCCGUCACUCAAAAAAGACUCUUCUCCAGUGGCUUGGACGUGGAGCAUUUCUUUCAGCAGCUUCAUCGCCUUCUCGCUGCGCUAGCCGCUCUUCAACCGACACUCUGGGUUCCUCCGGGAUGCAGACUCUGUCCCCUGUGUCUUUCUCAGGCGGUUCGCUUCCGCCUCCCGGUUUGGACUGCCUCUUCAUGAGUGUCCGCGUCUCCCUGCUUCAUCUGAUUGCGGGGGAUUUACUGACCUCAGCCGAAGUCGCGGAUCGGUGUGCAGCUGCACGGUGUUUAUCUCUCGUGGCGGAGCUCGCUGCAGUGGGCGCUGUCUGCACAGGUCCCGCGACGCUCGCGGCGCUUCUCACGCAAAACAAGUCGGGGAGACGAAACAGAAAACGGCUGGCGUCUGAGGCAGCAAAGAGUCCGGCGGUCGUGCUCGAUGUGGCGAGUCGGGCGAGGGAGGAGAUCGCGGCCCAAGCGAAGCAGGGAAAGAGUUUUCCGAAGCGCGAAGGAAGUGGCUGCGGACGAGGAAGUUUUCCGGGUGUCGUUGAAGCAGGCGGUGUGCGCUGGACAGAGGCAGAAUUAGAAGCGUGCGAAGGCGCCUCCACUGUCGUCCGAUGCUGUCUCGUUCUUCUGGCGCACAUGACAGCGGACGGCUCCACCGUUGGCCGCCUCGCGGCCCUUGCUGCUCUGACCUCUCUGGUGCCGUACAUGUCGCAAGAGAUGGCGCUCGCCUCUCUGCAGCGGCCGUCGUUUCCUCCCACGACUUCGAGCCCGCUCGCUCGUCUUCGGAUUCUCCUCCACACCGACCUGGCUGCGGCAACCGAGAGGGCGACCCUGGCGGCAAAGACGGCGUAUCAGAAGCUUCUUGGGACCUCGCCAACCAGAGUCUCGGCGUCUUCUUUGCGCCUGGCGGUCGCAGGGGUGCUAGCUGGCGAGGGCGAGAGCGCACAUCGGGCCCGCCACACCGUGGCAGGCCAGGAGCUUCAGGCGGAGAUCUCCCAGUUGCCGCUGCCUGUGGGUUGGCUGCUGCUCUCGCUUGACGAUAGCGACUUUCGCGUGCGGCAGGCAGCGUUUGUGCUUCUCCUUCGUCUGCUGGAGAGCUACACGCAGGCCGGCGCCGUGACGGAAAGCGAGCGAAAGUCCCAGCCCAGAAGCGACGCGUUUCCGCAGGCGGUUCAACUCCUCAUUUGGGACUACCUCUCCGACCAGAGGCAGACCGUCCAAGCUGCAGCGGCUGCCAUUCUCCCCCCGCUCUCCCUCACCAUUCCCCUGCGAGACGGAGCCUUUCGUCGAGCGAUUUUCCCUCUGCUGCAUGCAAAGAAGAAGUCGACAAGAAUGAUCUUUCUGCGGACCUUGCCACUGUGCCAAACGCUGAAUGCCCGCGGGCGCAAAGUCGAAGUCCAGGGCCUCCUCCGGUGUCCGUACAGUCGCGAAGAUGAGCACGAAAUCGCAGCUUGCGUCGCCGAGGUCGUCUUUGCAGCGUACCAUGGUCUCUGGGACAAGAUUGCGCAGCGCGAGGAGACGGGCGGGCGAGACGGAGAUGGGACGCGCCGCAACUUGACAGAGAAGACCCGGGAAGAGGAGAGAGAGAAAGAAGAAGAAAUGCUCCACGUCUUCAGAAUUCUUGCCCCACCGAGUCUGAGGAAACGAACAGAGCUCGCUCUCGCGACCAACUGGGGACGGAGAGCGUGGGAGCUCCGUCUCCUGCCUCUUAUGCGAAGAGACACCCUGUUUGGUCUCAGACAGAAGAGAGGCCAGGACGAAGCGCAAAACUCUGCACUCGCCUCGCCAGCAGGAAGGCGCACCAGUCCCGAGGAAGGAGAGCAAGGAGACGCGACAAACGAGGGAGGGAGAACGAAGGCGAAUGUUGGUCCCGAGAGAAAGGUAUUUCUGUCUCCAAGCCUUCUUCUCAAGAAACAGAGAGAAGCAGAAGACAAUCGACUGGUCCGAGUCCUUCCUCUCGACGUCCAGCUGAGCAUGCCCGAAACGUCCCUCCAGUUCUCUCUCGCCCUCCAGCAUGUGUUGCCCACGGACUCCAUCGAACGCCAACUGGCAGCAGCUGAUUGUCUCCUUAGCCACCUAGAAGACGAAGAAGAGAGACCGGAAAGGGACGCACUUUCGCAGCAGCCAGGCAGAAGGUUAGACUCCGGCUGCUCUCCUAACCUGGUGCUCGGAGAUGCUGACGCCGGAGCCAAGAUUCGCGGCCAGGCUGCAGAUCCGGGCACCCCAAUCCCACCCCCCCCAGCGCUUCAGAGGCGAGACUCCGAUAUGUCGGUCGAAUCUGGAGAAGAAACGAAGAAAUGCAGCCUUCAAGAUGGUCCGCUUGGUCUCCGGCUCGAAGCCUUUUUGCCGCGUCGUCUGGAGAAAAGGUUCCCACGCCCCGCGACGCAGAAACGAUCGUUUUCGCGCCUUUUUGGGGAGAGGGAAGACCCAGGAAGCCCGCCGGCUGCGGCGUUCUCCCUCCUGGACCGCACCUUAUCAAGACGCGCGAGGGCGAGCGGAGCAACGAAACAGGACUUGUCCUCGUCGGUUCCCACGUUGUUGAAUAGCGAACUGUGGCGACUUCUUCACAGUGAAAUUCCUUGUCGCGCAGGGACGUGUCGACAGGCGAUGCGGAGCAUGCGACCGGUCCUCGCGCUUCCGCAUUCGUUUCCGUUUUCGCCGCUCGUCCGAGGCCCCAAGGCCUCUUCUCAGAGCGCUUCGGGGGCUCUCGCUGCCUCGCGGCCUGUGGAGAGUCUCUUCUCUCUCGCCUCUUUCGAGGACGAGGAGGAGCGGCUGUUCCGUUUCGUGGAAAGACGAGCGGCAACCAGGAAGAAGGGUGGACGGGCGGGUCCGGGGCGGUCUCCUGGAAGCGGCGAGAAGAGUUGGAACGCGAAGGCCAAGAACCAGGCUUCCUGCCCGAAGACAAAAGCGGCGAGUGGCCCAAGCGACGGCGACGACCGCGAAACUGACUGCGAUCGGCCGACUCGUCUCCCCCUUCUCCCUUCGACGUCUCUCUCCGAUGUGCUGGUUCUGGCGGUCCUGGAGAGAGAGCGAGGUCGCGCGAGAGCGACGCAGAGAGCAAAGAGGGAGGGCGAAUCUCACGACGAAGAGGCAGAGAGUGCUCGGAAACGACUCGGCGCCACCACAGUGCCCGACAGUCCGAUCCAGGACGGCACCGUCUUGGGAAAGCCAGCGGCGAAGCGUCCGCGCCUUUCUCUCUUUUCUUUCUCCUCUCUCAAUGCGAGCAAGUCUGCGUCGAAGACUGCGCCGACCUCGAACGGGAAGGAGUCGCUUUUCGCUGGCCCGUCGCCACCGGCACCCUCCUUCCUCUCGUCUCCCCGCCCUGCCUCUUCUGGUGUCCAUGAUGGUCAGGAAGGCAGUCUCGCGGUGAAGCGGGAGUCGUCGCAGUUGGCGGUUUCUGUUCGACGGAGGCCUGGUGCGUCACUUUGUCUCCCUUCGGCGGCCGCACCCGUUCGAGCCCAACUAACGAUCCGGGCGAGCACCUGGGCCUCAAAAGACGACGCCGCGAGGGCGAGGAAGAGAUCUCUCUCCCCCGCCUGCUUUUCCUUCUUGCUCGGCGGCCAGCAAAAGAGAAGAGAGCGAGAGGCGAGCUUCGGCGGGCUGUUGGCGGAGAAUGGAGAACGCGAAGAGCCCGGUGUGUGGGGAGCGGAGGACGAGUCGUCGUGGAGAAGUCUGUUGAACCGAGGCGACGAGAGCGAGACAGCAACCGAACCGCUCACACGGACCCUGGAACUCCGGCCUCCCGCCUGGUCGUGCCUCAUCCGCAUGCUCUGUCGCGAGGCCUUUCUUCGCGAACGCAGUCUCUUGUUUUUCGCGCUGUCGCGUUUCCGGAGCAAACAGCGGCGCGCAUCCCACUUGCCAUCAGAGAGAAAGGACUCUUCAGCUGCUCUCGCUCCAGUUUCUCGCACGGGUGCUUUGUCGCUGUCUUCUCUCGCGCGGAUGUAUGUCCGAGCUCGGAAGGCCGGCGCGUCCCCGGCCUCUCUCGCUGCGAGUCUCCCCCGCUCUUUCUGCGUGUGGCGCAACGUUCUGGUGUCGAGUCGGCUCCAAGCGAUUGCCGCGACGGCUCUGCUGGCGUCUCCGUCCCUGUUCAUUAGCCCCCCCGACCUCCUCCCGCACUCGCGUCUGCUGGGUCUUCUCUCCCGCGCUUCCUUUCUCCGCGACUUCACGUGCCCCGAAGGUCUGCAGGGAGACAGUCGCCUCGCCGGGCGUCUGCCGAGAGCCUGGGAAGCGCACGGCGCUCCGAGUGGGCAUUCUCGAGUCACCACCGAGACGCGCGCGGCGUCUUCUCUCGCCAUCUCGCUCUCUUCGCUCUCCUUUCCCUUCGCCGUGUCUCUGGCGUGUCCGAACUGGGAAAUCGCCUUGGAGGCGUACAUGCACCAGAGCGUGAUUGCGUCGACUGGCCUCGCGGCGCUACUUCCCGUGGAGGGGCGCGACCCUCCCCCUCGCGAAGGGCGGUCUCUGCGGUCGAGUUGCGUCUUCUCGCCGUUCUACGACUCCUCCGGCAAGCUGGCGCUCGGCGCAGGCCUCGCUGGAUCGGACAUGUCACGGCUGCUCGUCGCCGAGGCUCUCGCGAGUCUGGUGCCCCGGCCCCUCCGCUUCUCGUGCAGCAAGGGCGCGGUUGUCUGGUUGGAAGCGACGGUCGAUCUGUUCUCUCUGGGCGAAGCGAGCGGAGGGGCGAGCGUCGCUGAAGCUUCGCACGCGCGACGCUUGGCCGCGCCAGAACGUGAAAGAGGCGGAGACGCCGAUACCGGGGAUUCCCGGACGAACUCACAGCUGGGCGCACAAGUUCGGGGUGUCUGCUGUCUCCAGUCGGGAAGAACAGCUGGACGUGGCCUUGAAGGGAAACGAGGCGGUCUGUGGGAGUUGUCGGGCGAGGCCAGGACGGCGGACGCAUCUCGGGCACGCGAAGGUCCAGGAGCGCGAAAGAGCUCUCGAGAUCUGGAACUGGUUCUCUGUGUUCGGGGACCGACGCCUCUUGAGGUGACCGCGAGAACUGGGCAGUCUGUGAGCGACGAGGAGAGUGAAGGCUUCCAGGUUCGCGUCUCGUCUGCCGGUUCGUCGCCUUCUCUCGCGUGCCGCCCUGCGUCGCACGCCGUCGAGACUGCAAGCUGCGCCGGGAAAUCCGAGGGGGCGAGGGACAGAGCAAAGACGACGGGGACGCGAGGUUCAGGUGAAGCGAACAGUUUUGCGCCUUUUCCCCGACAGCCGCCGUCUUUGCUCGUUCGCGCCGUUUUGGCAGGGACCUCGAGGAAUACGCUUUCGCCAUUUUGUCGCUUUAACCCCGAAGACAAACGCAGCAGCCGCGCCCGCUUUGGCCCAGGCCUCGCGGAAACGUGGUCCGGCGGAUGGACACUUCCUGGCGGCGGCGUGGUAGAACUGUGGAGUCGAUGCGGAGGCAGAGAGAAGCGCUGCGAAGGAAGCUCUUUGGCGACAUGUCUUUUGAAACAGAAACACGAAGCACGUGGCGCUUUCUCUCCAGAACGCAGAUAUGCCCAGCCUAUCUCGCGGAACCCGCCAGGUCAGACGGGCACUGCUUCUCUCGGUUCCUGUGCUGCGCGUGCUUCGGCCUCCGAGUGUAUCGGGAGUCCACGUCCUUCGCGGAAAAGGACAUCUUGGCUCGAUUCGAGUGGAAGUGACGACUGGAAGGUCUCGUACAUUCGCAAACGGCCUCGUAGGUUCUCGAUCUCUCCUGCUUCAUCCGCCGUCGUGCCUCUCUUCGCUCCUGGUGCGGAACUUGCCUUCAACCGUCGCGCUGGCGGUCUUCAGUGGAUUCGGGAGCGCAAGGCGGCAGUUAGCCGGCGCAGGCAACAGUGCAUGGAUUUAGUUGUAUGCGCCUUGUGUCCGACGAGGCGAUUCGAGCGGCGCAGCGAACCUCAGCGGGAGACGUCGUCGUCGAUGAGUUGCGCGAGAGGCGCCUUCACAACGAUCGACGAGCGCAUGCGCAGGGAUGCCAAAGUUUUGGUCUCUGUAAGUGACGCGAAGAGGAUAUGGCUGCAGCCUGAGUGGAUCUGA